UGAGAGAAGGAGCGUCUCGACCCCCGCCUCCAAGAUCCUGUUCCUUUUUAUGUGCGUUCCUUCUGCGAGAUAAAGGAUUAUUUUCUUCCCUUCUCAGUUUGUCCCACCCUUCCCCUCAACUCUUCUCACCUACCCCUACUCUGCAAAGCAUAGCCCCUAGAAGUCUGUUUGGGAAAGGCGAGCGACCUGUGGGCAGGAGCCGAGCCGGUCUAGGACACUUCACUAUGGCACUGCUGUUUCGCCUCCUGCGCCCGGGGCUGAGCUCGUGUGUUCCUCGGUUAUUGACAAAUGGCCUUGGGACCCUUUCAACAGUUAAAGUAACAAGCCAUCCGAAUGAAACUCCAUCAGAAGAGGCCACAAAGGCUAUCAGUCGUUAUCCUGUUCCUUACAAAAAGGAUCUACCUUUUGAUAUAGUGGAGCUCAUGGAAGAGGUAGAAAAAAAAACUGGAUUUUUACCGAAUGUCUUUAAGGUGUUAGCACAUCGGCCAGGGGAAUUCAGAGCAUUUUUUGCUUACUAUAAUGCCAUUAUCAACAAAGAAACAGGACAUCUCAGCAAGGCUGAUAAAGAACUCAUCAUCGUAGCUACAAGUGUUAGUAAUAGGUGUCCCUACUGUGUAAUUGCCCAUAGUGCUCUACACAGAAUAUAUUCCAAAAAUGCCAUUCUGGCUGAUCAGGUCAUCGUUAAUUGGAAAAAGGCCGAUUUAUCACCUCGAGAGUUAGCUAUGCUAGAAUUUGCUCUUGCUGUUAGUCGGGCUGAUGACAUAACAGAAGAACAUUUUAAAAAGCUGGAAUUGCAGGGCUUUGAUCGAGAAGAUGCCUGGGACAUAGCUUCCAUUUCUGCUUUCUUUUCUAUGUCUAAUCGUAUUGCUCAUUUUAUUGACCUGAUACCCAACAAAGAAUUUUAUUCAUUGGGUAGAACAAAUGAUCAAGAUCUGUAAGAGUAUAAUCCAUCACAGGGGCACCAUAAAAUGUGUGUAUUUAUUUUAUUUGUUUAAAUUAUGGUAUGCCUAUUAAUAAGUUUUCCCGUAAUACUUAGUUUAUAUACACCAUGGGAAAUAAACUAAUUUACUAUUCUUCCUGGUAAUAUUGCUUUUGCUGAGUUCAUCACAAUUAAUGGUAAUUGUUGAAAUUUGAUGAAAUUUAGCACUUGUAUAAGGCCUUUUACUUAUUAUGAUAAAAAUUAUCUUCAUUUCCAAUUACCCCUCCUAUUUUCUCCUUUUCAUAAUAUUCCCUUAUUUAAAAAAAAAAAAAAAAAAAAAGGAUGAAAAAACAGUAACAGUCCAGCAACCAACACAUUGACUGAGUCUGACAAUAGAUGCAACAUUUCACAUUUAUUAUCUUCUACCCCUUCUAUGAAGGGAGGGAGGUACAUUUUCUGAACUCCUUUCUGGGGCUAAGCUUGAAUUGACUGCUAUCAUAAUGUGUAUUUUGCCGAUUCAUUUGCCUUCACUCAUAAGUCUUCCUACAUUUCUCUUUUUUGGUGGUACAGUAAUAAUGCAUUUUGUUCAUGUGCAACAAUAUAUUGAGCCAUUUCCUAAUAAUUGUGUUGGUAUGCUAGUACUUUUAGAUAAUCUAAAAGAAACACUUGAAGGACAGGGAAGCAGAGAUGAAAGUCACUCAGGAAAAUUCUGAUAAGAAUUGAUAACCAACUAUAUCAAAUUAGCCAUUUUAAUUUAAGCCCUUAGGAUUUAAGACUUGUUAUUUUCUAACAGCUCUUUUACCAUUAGAUAAAAAAUGAGUUUGUUUAAAAUAUAAACAUGAUUUGCAGCUAAUUCUUUUUUGAAGUAGAUAUAGGGACUUUCAAAUGUCAGUAUGAGCAGAUCUAUUUUAUUUUAACAUUUAAUCUAUUUUAGGAUACCUCUUCCCAUCCCCACUUUUUUUAACCUUUAAAUGAUUACCUGAUAGAGAGGUACACUGGGUGUUCUUUCAUAGUUGACCAACUUCCAGUAACUUUUUUUUCCCAGUAACUUUUAUAAAUGGAAUGUAAAAUCAGUCAUUUAGAUUGGAUUUUAAUCCACAAAUAACUAUUCUUUUAGUUAGUUUAAAUGAGGAUUGUUUGAAAGGUGUAGCAGCUCAUAUCAUAGGCCAAUAGCAAUUUCUUUUAUUGAAACAAUUCUUUAAAGAUUUAUUUUACAGGGGAAUUGGUUCUAUAUACUUUACAUUUGUAUGAUUCUCUUUCAUGGCUUGUAUGUGGUUAUAAGAAUUAUAUUUAAUCUACAUAUUUCUCUAUUCAUACCUUUUAUCAAUAUUUUCUGAAUUAGUAAACAAAUCAUAAUCAACUUUGAGAGCUGAGAUAUUAAAGUUUGAUUUGAUUUAACUGUGAAAAAGAUUUAACUGAAGUCUGUGAAGUCAAAUGUGAGGGAAUUAUUAUGACUGUACCUCAAAUACUGUACCUCAUGAAAUACAACUUUUUAAUGUAGGCUUAAUUUAAUUUCACGAAUAAAAGUAAUUAAAUUGA